GACAUGGGUGAUAAUUCAGAUAGUAAUAGAAACCUUGAUGUGGUUUUAAAUGUAAGCAACGAUGCCACGAAAAAGUGUGACGAGUCAAGCAUUGAAGAUUAUGUACCUCUUUUGCAAAAGUUGGUGGCAGAGGUAGUGGGAACAUUCUUCUUAAUAUUUGUUGGAUGUGGCUCUGUAGUUGUGAACCUUAACAAUGAUAAUAUAGUGACACUCCCGGGAAUUGCAAUUGUUUGGGGACUUGCAGCUGUGGUAUUGGUAUAUUCUCUUGGUCAUAUCUCUGGUGCUCAUUUCAAUCCUGCAGUCACCAUUGCUCAUGCCUCCACCAAAAGAUUUCCAUUGAUGCAGGUACCAUCAUAUAUAAUUGCUCAACUCAUUGGAUCAAUACUUGCAAGUGGAGCUCUCAAAAUUAUAUUCAGUGACAAAGAAAAUCAUUUUGUGGGAACACUUCCUGCUGGUUCUAAUCUCCAAGCUUUUGUGGUUGAGUUUAUAAUCACUUUCUACCUUAUGUUCAUCAUUUCUGGAGUUGCCACCGAUAAUAGAGCGAUUGGUGAAUUGGCAGGACUUGCAGUUGGAUCUACAAUUAUCAUAUGUGUGUUAUUUGCCGGACCAAUCACGGGAGCAUCAAUGAAUCCAGCGAGAAGUUUAGGGCCAACUAUUGUACACCACGAAUAUAGAGGAACAUGGAUAUAUUUGGUGUCACCUACUCUAGGAGCAUUGGCUGGUACGCAUGCAUAUGCUUUCAUUAGAUUCACAAGCAAACCAGUGCGUGAGCUCACCAAGAGUAGUUCAUUCCUUAAAGGUUCGGGAAGCAAGUGA